AUGAUCAGCCGAGAGGAUAUCAUCGCCCUAGAGGCGCGUUGCUUAGAGCAAAUCCGAGAGGAUGCCCUAUACUCGCUGCGGAACGACGCCAAACUGCGGGCGGUGCGGACGUCGAAGAAUUAUGACGAAUUCAAAAAUAUUGUCGAUUCGGCGCACUUGACACCACUGACCGCGGGUGAUAAAAGCAAUGCGAAAACCAAGCACCGCCUUUGGAACAGCUCGUCACGAUUGUAA